GCAUCUGUGGAAACUUUUCUGACUGCAUUUCAUGCAUUGGUAAUCCCGGAAAUGUGACAGGCUGCAAGUGGUUCAGAUGUGACGCUUCUACAGUUGCUCCCACGUCACAUUCCGUUGCUCCCACGUUGCAUUCCGUUGUUCCUACGUCACAUUCCAGUGCUACCACAGCAUCUUCCAAUGCUACCACAGCAUCUUCCAAUGCUACCACAGCGUCUUCCAAUACUACCACAGCGUCUUCCAAUGCUACCACAGCCACUAAUGUCACCAAUGGAACUACACAUGCACCUCUACCUACAACUACUUCAACUACCACAACAACCACUGUUCCAGGUUCAAAUGCUACUACUGUGACUCCUGCACCUCUUCCACGCAAAUCUACAUUUGAUGCUGCGAGUUUCAUAGGUGGAAUUGUCCUUGUUCUGGGUCUGCAGGCUGUUGUUUUCUUUCUGUACAAAUUCUGCAAGUCAAAAGACCGAAACUACCACACACUUUAGGACCUGCCACUUUAUAAUGGACUAAUAGCCCAACACCUGUAGUUCACUGAACCAAAAUGUUUUCUGUUGCUCCUGGAAGACAGCAGAUCAUAAUAUCCUUUAAAUCUCUAAAAGAAGACUUUAAAAAGAAUAUUUUUGCAACAUUAUACUUGG